AUGAAUUGCACCUCAUUGGAAACUAGGAAAAGGUUGUCCUUCCUGCUUCGAAAUUGUGUGGCACAUUCCACAGCUUUGCAAUGCCAUGCCCAAAGUUUCGUCCAAGGUUUGCUUCCCAACACCAUUCUCCAAACUGACCUCUUGUUAGUGUACUCUAAACUUGGCCUUCUCCAUGAAGCUCGCAAAGUGUUUGAUAAAAUUCUCGACAGAAAUAACAUGUAUUCAUGGAACAUCAUGAUUGCCUCCUAUGCCCAGAAUUGCAUGUUUUCUGAUGUCUUGAUGGUUUUUCGCGAGUUCAAGCGCUGCGGCCUUAGGCCUGAUCAUUAUACCCUGCCCCCGUUGUUCAAGGCUUCUGUAGGAGUAGAUGAUGCUUGCAUCGGAAGCAUGGGUCAUGGUUUGGUUAUAAGGCUUGGGUAUGAAGGAUAUGUUGUUGUGGCAAAUUCUUUGCUUGAGUUUUAUGUUAAGUAUGGGGCUAUGCCCCAGGCUUGUUAUGUGUUUUCCAACAUGUUUUGUAGGGAUUCUGUGACGUGGAAUUUGAUGAUCUUGGGGUUUGGAAGAGCCGGCUUGCAUUCAGAUGCUAUGCGUUGCUUUAGGGAGAUGUUAAGUUUGAAUGGGAUGAUGAGGGUGGAUUUCAUGACUCUUCCUAGUGUUUUGAAUGUUUGUGGAAAGGAAGGAGACUUGUUGAAAGUGAGAGAAGUUCAUGGGUAUGUAGUGAGAAGCUUUGGUUUUGACACAGAUUCUUCCAUUGGGAAUGCAUUGAUUGAUGUAUAUAGCAAGUGUGGAUGCUUGAAUGAUUCGGAAAAGGUUUUCAGGACUAUGCGCUGCAUGAAUCUAGUCACAUGGACCACCAUGAUAUCUUGUUAUGGGGCACAUGGAAAGGGGGAGGAAUCUCUUUUAUUGUUUAGGAAGAUGGUAGAUGAAGGGUUUAGGCCGAAUUCUAUCACACUCACUGCAAUCUUGGCCAGUUGUAGCCGCUCGGGUCUAAUAGAUCAAGGCAAGCACAUUUUUAGCUCAAUUCGUUCAGACUAUGGAUUUGAGCCUACUGCUGAGCAUUAUGCUUGUAUGGUGGAUCUUCUGAGCCGCUGCGGGUAUCUUGUGGAAGCACUCCAGUUGUUGGAAAGAAUGAAAUCAUCAGUGACAGGAAGCAUGUGGGGUGCCCUUCUAGCUGGUUGUGUAAUGCACAAGAAUGUUGAAAUUGGAGAAAUUGCAGCUAAUCGGCUUUUCCAAUUAGAACCAAAUAAUGCUAGCAACUACGUAGCUCUGUGUAGUAUCUAUCAAUCUCUUGGUAUGGUCGAUAGCUUGUCAACUGUUAAAGCAAAAAUGAGGGACUUAGGUUUGGUUAAAAGUCCUGCUUGUAGCUGGAUCAAUAUUGCUAGAAGAACCCAUAUUCAACCAAAGGGACCUAUCUCAUCCACUAGCUCAGAUGAUUUGCAAAAUACUAUAUCAAAUUAG